AGAGAGCCGCGCGCACGCGCACACAGCUACCCCGUCUCCCGCCGGCGCGCGAGCUCUUCCCACGCCCAGUGCGCGAGUCCCCGCCCCUAGCCACGGCGCGCCGGGGGUGGGGGCGAGGCGGGGCUUCGCGAGGAGUCACGGGACGCGGCACCAAUCGCGGGGCUUCUCCGCCUCGGGGUUCGGUUUGAAAUUCUGCGGUGGCCUAACGGCUCGCGGAACGGCUACCGGGAGUGAGACCGCCGGUGCUUGCGGGUGGUUGCUGCGCUCGGGCCCGCGUGGAGAGGGUCGGGGCCUCGACGUCCGCCCGCUUGGACCGUCCGCCAUGAGGAGAAGUGAGGUGCUGGCAGAGGAGUCCAUAGUAUGUCUCCAGAAAGCCCUGAAUCACCUUCGGGAAAUAUGGGAAUUGAUUGGGAUUCCAGAGGACCAGCGGUUACAAAGAACUGAGGUUGUAAAGAAGCAUAUCAAGGACCUCCUGGAUAUGAUGAUUGCUGAAGAGGAAAGCCUGAAGGAGAGGCUCAUCAAAAGCAUAGCCAUCUGUCAAAAAGAGCUGAACACUCUGUGCAGUGAGCUACAUGUGGAGCCAUUUCAGGAAGAAGGAGAGACCACCAUCUUGCAGCUAGAAAAGGAUUUGCGCACUCAGGUAGAACUGAUGAGAAAACAGAAAAAGGAGAGAAAACAAGAUCUGAAACUACUUCAAGAACAAGAUCAAGAACUGUGUGAAAUUCUUUGCACACCCCACUAUGACAUUGACAGCACCUCAGUUCCCAGCUUAGAAGAGCUGAGCCAGUUUAGACAACACGUGGCAACUUUGAGGGAAACAAAGGCAUCUAGGCGUGAGGAGUUUGUGAACAUAAAGAGACAGAUCAUACUGUGUAUGGAAGAAUUAGAACACACACCAGACACAAGCUUUGAAAGAGAUGUGGUCUGUGAAGAUGAAGAUGCCUUUUGUUUAUCUUUGGAAAAUAUUGCAACACUACAGAAGUUGCUACGGCAGCUGGAAAUGCGAAAAUCACAAAACGAAGCAGUGUGUGAAGGGCUGCGUGCUCAGAUACGAGAACUCUGGGAUAGGUUGCAAAUACCUGCAGAAGAGAGAGAAGCUGUGGCCACAGUUAUGACUGGGUCAAAGGCCAAGGUCCGGAAAGCGCUGCAAUUAGAAGUGGAUCGGUUGGAAGAACUGAAAAUGCAAAACAUGAAGAAAGUGAUUGAGGCAAUACGAGUGGAGCUGGCUCAGUACUGGGACCAGUGUUUUUAUAGCCAGGAGCAGAGACAAGCUUUUGCCCCUUACUAUUCUGAGGACUACACAGAAAAUCUGCUCCAGCUCCAUGAUGCCGAGAUUUUGCGGUUAAGAAACUACUAUGAGGUUCACAAAGAACUCUUUGAAGGUGUCCAGAAGUGGGAAGAAAGCUGGAAGCUUUUCUUAGAGUUCGAGAGAAAAGCUUCAGAUCCAAGUCGAUUUACAAAUCGUGGAGGAAAUCUUCUAAAAGAAGAAAAGCAGCGAGCCAAGCUCCAAAAAACACUCCCUAAGUUGGAAGAGGAGUUGAAAGCAAGGAUUGAAAUGUGGGAACAGGAGCAUUCAAAGGCAUUUGUGGUGAAUGGGCAGAAAUUCAUGGAGUAUGUAACAGAACAGUGGGAGAUGCACCGACUGGAGAAAGAGAGAGCCAAGCAGGAACGACAACUAAAGAACAAGAAGCAAACUGAGACAGAGAUGCUCUAUGGCAGUACUCCGCGAACACCCAACAAGCGGCGAGGACUGGCACCUGGCACACCGGGCAAAGUGCGCAAGCUGAACACUACCACCGUGUCCAAUGCUACGGCCAACAGCAGCAUUCGGCCUGUCUUUUCGGGGACAGUCUGCCGCUCCCCUGUGUCUCGCCUUCCACCUUCUGGCAGCAAGCCAGUCACCACUUCCACCUGUUCAGGGAAAAAAACACCCCGUGGCAUCAAGCAUGGAGCCAACAAGGAGAACCUGGAGCUCAAUGGUAGCAUCUUCAGCGGUGGGUACCCUGCCUCGGCCCCCCCACGGCGCAACUUCAGCAUUAAUUCUGUUGCCAGCACCUAUUCUGAGUUUGCGAAGGAUCCGUCCCUCUCUGACAGCUCCACUGUUGGGCUUCAGCGAGAACUUUCAAAGGCUUCCAAAUCUGAUGCUACUUCUCGAAUCCUCAAUUCAACCAACAUCCAGUCCUGAGAAGCCCUGAUCAGUCAUCCAGCUGAGGUUUCCUAUGCCCUGUGCCUAAUUAUACAGGGGUGGCUUUAAUGUUUCUUCAGUUUAGAUGCGCUUGAAAGCCUGGACAGGUUCCAUUACCAUGGGCCUAACUUACAGGAGUGAAUGAGUUACAGAUGAGAGUCCAUCAUAAGCUUAGUACGUCCUUAGACACUUGGUUUUAUUUUGACUCAAGAAAUACAUUAAAACAUAGUUCAUAGCAGUAAGUGUAAAUUUUAGCAUAUGGAACCUAAUUUCUUUCCCUACCCCGUAAUUGUACUUGCUAAAGCAUGGUCAAGGGCUUGUUUUACUUCACCAUUGUGUAGUUAAAUGAUUGACUAUGCCCAAGCUUGGGGUAUGGGACAUGAAGCAGUUUUUGGCUUGUACACUUAUAAUUAGCAAUUAACAUCUUUUUUGUUUAGGGAUAUUCAGUUAAUGCUAUAGCUUCAAUAGCUUUGCUCUCACCUAAAGGCCUGUCCCCACCACACAGGACAGCCUUCCUCCUGAUGAAGAUGUCUGUGUGUCAGAAGUUGGGAUGGCCCGACUCACUGCCAAAGAGGUGACAGGGAGGCUGGGAGCACCUUUGUUAAAUUGUGUACAGUUUUGUUAUAUAGGCCAGUGCUGUGGGGGUGUGUGUGUGAACACACGUACUUGUCUGAACUCUGCUUCUUCAGUUUUUCUUUGGGUCCAGUUCCCCAUCCUUGUGCCCCCUGUGCCUGAGUUCCUCCACCCUCUGCACUUGCCAGCCAAGUUGGGAGGCUGUUUGGAUGGGUUGGGCCGUUUCUGUCGUGGAGAUCUGGAACUUUGCACAUGUCAGUACUGGGGAGCUGUUCCUGCUGUAGCGUCCACGAUGAGGCUUCUUCUUUACCUACCCUAUGUUAUCAAUCACUACUGUGCUCCCCAAAGCACUAUUAUUUAUUCUCCGUCUGCCUGCACCAGUACUACUGUCAGCACAGUAAAUGGUUCUUGGAAGCUUACCAGUGUGGAUUUGGUCUGUGUCAGCCAUGCUGUUUAGGCAUACGUAUAAAUGUCCUGAUUUUAAAAUAUAAAUAUUCUUAAAAAUAAAUUAAAAUGUGUAUACUUAUAUUUCAAAGA